CCACACCUUCACAUUUGAACCUCGGCACCAUGGAUGCUAUCAGGGUUGCGAAGGUGGAAGAGGUGCUGUGUAGCAAGUCUGGCGCAACACAGUCCGGCACCAUUCACUUGACGGCACACCAUCUGAUAUUUGCAUACGAUGAGAUAGGAAAGGAGGAAAUGUGGGUACCCUACCCGUUGAUCGCCCUCGUAAAUCGUAUGCCACAGACCAUUCAAGGCAGAAGCCCCGUCGCCUUCCGCACCAGGACCUUUGAGACGUUUACAUUGUCUUUCAAGCAGGAAAGCGAUGCGAUAGACGUCUUCGAUAGCGUGAAAGAUCUCACUGUAGCCACCUCUAUCACGCAACUUUAUGCCUUCCACUAUACCCCAAAUCCUCCAUUUACUACCACUAAUGGAUGGACCCUGUACAACCCAAGAGAAGAAUUUGGACGGAUGGGCAUAGGGUCGAGGACAAAGGCAUGGAGGCUCACAGAUAUAAAUAAAGACUACUCGUUCUGCUCUUCAUACCCCUCAAAGCUUGUGGUGCCCACGCGGAUAAGCGACACGACCCUCCAGUAUGCUUCCAAAUACCGCAGCAAGUGCCGUAUACCCGUUCUCACCUAUUUGCACUGGGGGAAUUAUGGCACAUUGACUAGGUCCAGUCAGCCUAUGGUCGGCCUGGCGCAAAAUCGCUCGGUCCAAGACGAGAAGCUCAUCGAAGCGGUUUUCCAGUCUCACCAUUCCCCAGAUUCCCGUGCAGCCAGCAGUCCAGUGUACGGAGCUACGGCGACAAAUAUCAUUAUUGAUGCGCGGCCGACCACGAAUGCUGUCGCUAACACUGCCAAGGGUGCCGGCACGGAAAAUAUGGAUAAUUACAAGGAGGCGCGGAAGGCGUAUCUCGGAAUUGACAACAUCCACACUAUGCGCGAUUCGAUUGCAAAGGUUGUCGAGGCCCUCAGAGAGACAGACUUGGCCGCUUCCAGUGUGUCUGGCAUGCUCCCAGGCGAGGCCCAAGCAGUGCCGAUCCUGGACAGACAAGCACUCAGGCGUUCCGGCUGGCUGCGGCACAUCUCCAAUAUCUUGGAAGGAACGCUCCUCAUUGUGCGGAACGUACACGUGAAUUCCUCUCACGUUCUCAUUCACUGCUCAGAUGGUUGGGACCGUACGGCCCAGCUCUCUGCGCUCUCUCAACUCUGUCUCGAUCCCUUCUACCGGACGGUGCACGGCUUUCAGAUUCUGAUCGAGAAGGACUGGGUAUCUUUCGGUCAUAAGUUCCUUGACCGCUGCGGACACCUCUCUUCUGAGAAGUUUUUCCUGGCACCAUCCGGCGAUGCUAACGCUAGCGGUGCAGAGGCGUUCUUCGCAUCGGUCCAAAACAAAUUUACUUCCCAGAAGCACCUUCAGGAGACGAGCCCCGUGUUUCACCAGUUCCUCGAAUGCGUACGGCAGAUCCAGCGCCAGCACCCAGAGCGUUUCGAGUUCAACGAACGCUUCCUCCGGCAACUCCAUUACCACCUCUAUUCCUGUCAAUUCGGGACCUUCCUUUUCAACACGGAACGAGAGCGUCGGAUCAGCGAGAAUGGCAUUACUCCAAUGGAAAAUACAGCCAGCGUUUGGGACUUCUUCAACUCCCCUCCCGAGGUGGAUCUCAACAAGAACCCGGAUUAUGACCCUUCUCUCGAUGACCCUGCGCGGAGGGGCCCUGGUGUUGAUAUGGGCGUGCUCAUGCCGCAAGCGAAGAACGUGCGCUUCUGGCACGAGCUGUAUGGACGGACGGACGAGGAGAUGAAUGGCAAGUACGUGAUAAAGCAGGUAUCCCAAGAUCCGGAAUUCGUCGCGCCUAUCGAGAGCGCAGAAGAGGACCCUGCCCUAGUUACUUUGGACAUCGCCACUGCCGCCACAGCUAGCUCAUCGUCGCCUUCACGGUCCGAUUCGCCUCUCCCAAGCGCAAGCAUCAGCUCGCCAACGCUAGCUCGAAGCUUACUGCACAGGAAUGCAUCCCCUACUCCCUCUCCAUCGCCGAGCGCGUCCAACUCUCUGCCGCCUCGGACAAGGCACGAUAGCUUACGGGGUCACGAUAGUGCUUACGCUUCCUCAUCAUCCCCGCCAGCAAGCCAGUCAUCGACACCGCGCUCCCCUUCACCCCGCACAGGCCGUCCUAGUCCCCGUCCACCGCCCUCUCCGCGCGCCACCUCAUCCGACCUGCUCUCUUCCGUUGGUGUCCGCUCAAUGUGGGGUCGGUUUUCCUCAAAUGCUACUGCUGCUUUCUCAGCUGUGCAGGACGCUUAUGGUGGUGUCGCCAAGGACCUAAGCAAGCUCUCUCUUGGUGGGUCCGGUUCCGAGGGAGGCGGCGGCGAGCUCAAAAGCAGGGAAGAGAUCAAUACUUGGUCAUCUCCUGAUAGGCCAGAUUCGCCUGUACCGGCUUCAGCUGUUGAGCCAUCUCAUGCCAGUGUUCCCUCGUCGGGCACACUCGGUUUCAGCAGCGGCAGCACAUUGAAUCCUUGGGCAACCAGCAAAGCAACCGGCAGACCGAACGUUCCUUCCAUGCUCUUCGAUAACCCUUGGGGUUCGAACGGCUCCUCAACGGCCUCUAUCGCAUCGUCGGCUCCUGCAUCUGCUUCCACCGCAUCAACAGGCUUUCCUUCUGCCUCUUCGUCUACAGUGUCACCCACUCCCCUGGGCGAUCCCCCCGAGGAACAGGCACCCACCCCGUCGGUUCCUGUGCCAACACAGCGGUCCAAUUCCGCCAGCUCUCGAGAUCCACUCUCGAGAUCUUCGCAAGUUGCGUCUAAUUGGGACUUGGGUAUGUCGGACCUUGGGUCCGGACGAAGCCUAGAGGAUGUCGCGGCGGCCUUGUCUACUUCGCCAGCACGGGCCCCGCGCGCAGCUACGCCAGCGACGGUGCCUGCGCAGCCAGAGCUCCAACAGCAGCCUCCGUCGUCUGCGGCGUCAGACCCCUUGGGCGUCGGCGUCCUAUAAUAAAGAGGCAUGGUGGGAAAUUGUAAUAGAUCACCCCAUAGAGUCGUGCUUGACUCUCAAGAGUGGAUGGAACUCUGACUUGCUUUUCGCCAGUGCAUAACAUGUCAUUGUUGUACGAUUUUAAGCCUGGACGUGAUUGCUACAGUACGCUGUGAUUUCCGCUCCGGAGAUGUUCGCCGGCAUCUGAGGCUUCUAGGUACUACUUAUGACACUAGAAUCGAGCAGUCGCUCGAGGCAGCCGUACGACGUAAAGUUGCUGUUUACUCAGGGAUGACUUGCUGCGCAAUAAAGCGAUAAGGCUACAAGCGAAAGACC